AUGGAUGAUGACGAGUUCGAGUUAGAGGUGGACAUGUUGAAGCGCUUCAACGGGCAUGUGCAUCCACACUUGGUGACUCUCCUGGCCACCUUCACCCAUCGGGAAACCGACCACCUCAUUUUGCCAUGGGCAGAAUGCGACCUCUUCUCAUAUUGGGAAAAUCACGAAGCGCCCUCCACUGCCGAUGAUAUCCUCUGGCUCUCGUCACAGGUUCUAGGCUUAGCGACUGCGCUAAACCUCAUACACAAUCCGCCCGAGGAAAAUGGCUCAACCAGGCGAUACGCUAGGCACGGCGACAUUAAGCCUGAGAAUAUCCUGUGGUUCAAAUCUAUCAAAGAUUCCAGGGGGAUUCUUGUCAUCAGCGAUCUGGGUUUGUCGUCUAUGAACACCAAGAACAGCCGGUCAUGGAUGCGAAACGAGGCUGUCUCCUUCACACCCACCUAUCGGCCGCCUGAGAGUGACAUUGAGAAUGGCUACAUAUCCCGGUCAUCCGAUAUAUGGUCACUGGGGUGUCUCUUCUUGGAAAUGACCACUUGGAUGCUGGGAGGCUGCAAGCUGGUGGAAAGCUUCUCACUGGCGCGGGUUGCCCCCAGUAUGAUGGGCUUCAACAUGGACACCUUUUUCGACAUCUUGCAAAGGGCAGACUCCAAAGUGGCAAAUGAAGAAGCCACUAAAGGGUCAUCGACAGAAACGAAACCCGAGUCUGGUGCAUUCCAAUUUGAGGUUAAGAAGCAAGUCACAUCGUGGAUAGAAGCUGCACAGCCAUGA